UCCUCACACCCACGGCACUGGGUCAUGCAAAACGAACUCUCCCAAUGACUGGCUGAAGCUUUACUGAAUCAUGUGACGGGGUAGACAUUUGUACUGUUGCGGCUUCUCCACGUAGCUAGCGUAGGCCGAAAUGGCAGGAGGUGUGAAGAAGAAGUCAUCCACUGGUCCACCGUCUCGAGUGUGGGUGACACUUCGUACGCUAUGGCAGGAGAAACAUUUGAUAUUAUUCAAGGCGGAGUACACAAUACUGGUCGCCUCUGUUCUGUGGUUCCUGGAGAUCGGAAUAAACAUAUGGGUCAUACAAAAAGUAGCAUACACAGAGAUCGACUGGAAGGCGUAUAUGGAUGAGGUAGAGGGAGUCAUCAACGGCACCUAUGACUACACCCAGCUCAAAGGAGACACAGGCCCUCUGGUAUACCCAGCAGGGUUUGUGUACAUCUUCACAGCGUUGUAUUACAUCACCAACCACGGGGUGAAUAUCCGCCUGGCCCAGUACCUGUUUGCUGUCUUCUACCUGCUCACCCUGCUGCUCGUCUUCAGGAUAUACCACCGCACCAAGAAGGUUCCUCCUUAUGUGUUCUUCUUUGUGUGCUGUGCCUCUUACCGGAUCCACUCCAUCUUCGUCCUGCGUCUUUUCAACGACCCCGUGGCCAUGAUGAUGCUGUUUGGGGCCGUCAAUCUUUUCCUGGACGGCCGCUGGACUUUGGGCUGUGGGCUCUAUAGUUUAGCAGUGUCUGUGAAGAUGAACGUGCUCCUGUUCGCCCCGGGCCUCCUCUUCUUGCUGCUGUCUGAAUUUGGCCUGAUGAGGACCAUACCCAAGCUCUCUCUCUGUGCUGCCAUCCAGUUGUUGCUGGGCCUACCCUUCCUGAUGGAGAAUCCAAUUGGCUAUUUGACCAUGGCCUUUGACCUGGGUCGUCAGUUCAUGUUCACGUGGACAGUAAACUGGCGCUUCCUGCCGGAGUGGCUGUUCCUGAGUCGCUACUUCCACCUGGUGCUCCUGGCCACCCACAUGCUAGCCCUGCUGCUGUUCGCCCUGCACCGCUGGAAGAGGCCUGGAGAGAGCAUCAUGGAACUGCUGAAGGAGCCAGGCAAGAGAGUCAUUCUUGCACAGAAACUCACCUCCGAUCAGAUGGUGCUGAUCCUUUUCACAUCUAACUUCAUCGGCAUGUGCUUCAGCCGCUCGCUGCACUACCAGUUUUAUGUCUGGUACUUCCACACCCUGCCCUUCCUGCUCUGGAGUGGAGGGGUCAAGAAGCUGGCUCACCUACUCCGGGUUUUGAUCCUAGGUCUGGUGGAGCUGUCGUGGAACACCUACCCGUCUACCAUAUACAGCUCAGCAGCCCUCCACAUGUGUCACCUCAUCAUGCUGCUGUCCUUGUGGUUUGCCCCCGCCCAUCCCCCAGCCCCCCAGGGAGAGAAGGCCAAGAGCCAGUAAGCUUAUCCCCUAGGGGACCCUCCCGUCCUUGGGGUCUGGUCGACCAUCUCCACCCUGCUCUCACCGUGUCUUGCCUAUCUCCCCCUCUCACUAUGACGCACAUGGGGCUAUUGAGGUGGGGUCUGUCUUAAACGCAUCGGUUUGUUGCUACCCACCUCGCCGUAGCUCUGCUAAUGUAUAGCGUAACAUACAGGUGGGAGAAGGGACUGAGUGAGACUGCAUGUGGGGUGGAUUACAGUGUGGCAGUCAUGUGCAGGUUGGUGGCGUGGGAGGAGGCUGAAAACAAUUAGGAUUCUCAGGUUAAAGAAUGAAAUAAUAUCAAUCUAAGAGUGGGAGUCUAGUGGUGAGGAGAAACGCUGAGUGUUUUGCUGUGUCGCCUAGAACAUCUUAAGGAAGGAUCUCUUACUUACAGUAUGGUUUUUUUUAAUGUGCAAACUAUCUUUAGCCCAUGAUUAGUCUUGUUAAGUAUUAUCUGGUCUUGGUGAUUUUAAUAGAGAAUAAUGAGAAUCUCUUAGGUCCUCAUCCUGGCGAUCAGCUGUUCUGAACUUCUGUUACUGGACCAUUUGUUGUUAUAAAGAUGGUUUCUAUGUGCGUUUGUCCUUAACUCCGUACCAGGGAAUUUUUACUUUACUACUACUUAUUGACGAAGUUUUGAAUUCAACUGUCCUCUGCGAUAGAUUCUAGUCCUCUAGCUCAGUUGGUAGAGCAUGGCGCUCGCAAUGCCAGGAUCAUGGGUUCGAUUCAAGGGACCACCCAUACGUAAAAAUAUUAUGCACUCUUGACUAUAAGUCGUUUUGGUUAAAAACUUCCGGUAAAUGGCAUAUAUUAUUAUAUUAAAGAUUUCUGGUUGUCCUUAACUCCAUACCAGGGAAUUUGAACUUUACUGCUACUUAUUAAAGCUUUAAAUUGAACCGUCCUCUGCGAUAAGCGUUUGGCGCCAACCACUGGGCACAAUAGGAAUGACGUUGCCUAGCUAUCACAAGGCCUAUCAUAGGCAAAUACGUAAUAUGUAAUUUCAUAUAAUAUGACCAUGCAGAACUAAGCUGUUGACAAUCAUGAAUAUCUGUCUAUUGUUUUUUAUUUUCUAAUAGUUUCUUUCAGAGAAUGUGGAUCAGUGUGUGCACUAGACUUAAUAGAUAAAGCCCAUUUCCCACACCCAGAUUAAGCCUACCCCUGGACAAAACACACGCUAAAGUUAUUUUAGUCCAAGAAUAGGCUUAAAUGGAUAGUUCCGCAAGAUAACAUAUUUAGGUAAUUUCGCUGAACUGUCCCUUUUUAAUCUGAGAAUGGAACUGUUCCUUUAAGUGUGAUUUUUAUUUUUAUGAGCUGCGAUAGAUGUUUACCAUAGUUUAGUGCUCAUAUUUGUUUGCUGAUGUUUGUUUGAUUUGCGUGUGUGUUACACAUGAGGACAGAGAUGGGAGAUUGAUUGUUUUAUUCUGUUGAUAAAGAUGAAAAAUAAAAGGCAUAUCUCUGUAAAGAAA